ACCUAACCCAGUGCAGUUUAGCACACACCCCCCAGUGCAAGUUAGCACACUCCCCCCCAGUGCAAGUUAGCACACACCCCUAAGCGCAGGUUAAAACGCUGAACAAAAAUUUCGCAAUAGCCUCUUUCGUUUCCAAACAGCUACUUCCUUCCUCCUCCGAUAAUGGCGGCCACCACGUCGUGUUCUCAGGCUAUCUCCGCCACCUCUGAAAUCAAAACCAAACCGAUCACUACCAGAAGCUUUCCCAUCACCAACCUCGCACUCCAAUCUUCCAAACUCACUUCCAAAACCCUAACUCUUCGCCGAUCCACCGGCAUCGUCGCCUCAUCCCUCUCCUCUCGCACGGUGUCAGUGCCAGCGAUCCAAAUCCCCGCCUCACUCGAUUUCAACACGUCGCUUUUCAAGAAAGAAAAAGUCAACCUCGCCGGACACGAAGAGUUUAUCGUGAGAGGUGGCAGAGAUUUAUUCCAUUUGUUGCCAGAUGCUUUCAAAGGGAUUAAGCAGAUUGGUGUUAUCGGCUGGGGAUCACAGGGACCGGCUCAAGCUCAAAACCUAAGGGACUCACUUGUUGAAGCAAAUUCUGAUAUUGUGGUUAAGGUUGGACUGAGGAAAGGUUCUAGUUCCUUUGCUGAAGCACGAGAUGCUGGGUUUUCUGAAGAAAAUGGGACUCUGGGUGACAUAUGGGAAACUAUCUCGGGCAGUGAUCUUGUGUUGCUUUUGAUUUCUGAUUCUGCUCAGGCAGAUAAUUAUGAAAAGAUAUUUUCGCACAUGAAGCCAAACAGCAUCCUUGGGCUGUCCCAUGGGUUUCUUCUCGGGCAUUUACAGUCUUUGGGACUUGAUUUUCCGAAGAACAUUAGUGUAAUUGCUGUGUGCCCAAAAGGUAUGGGUCCAUCUGUGAGGAGGCUGUAUGUACAAGGCAAAGAGAUAAACGGGGCUGGAAUUAAUUCAAGUUUUGCAGUCCACCAAGAUGUGGAUGGAAGAGCUACUGAUGUUGCUUUAGGGUGGUCUGUUGCUCUUGGUUCUCCAUUCACUUUUGCCACUACCUUGGAGCAGGAAUACAAAAGUGAUAUCUUUGGGGAGAGAGGCAUUUUACUUGGCGCUGUUCAUGGAAUUGUGGAAUCCUUAUUUAGGAGAUACACUGAAAAUGGAAUGGCCGAAGAUCUGGCUUAUAAAAACACCGUUGAGAGUAUAACAGGAAUUAUAUCUAAAACCAUCUCCACUAAGGGAAUGCUAGCUGUAUACAAUGCUUUAUCGGAAGAUGGGAAAAAGGAAUUUGAGAAAGCUUACAGUGCUGCUUUUUAUCCCUGCAUGGAAAUUUUGUACGAGUGCUACGAGGAUGUAGCCAGUGGCAGUGAGAUUCGUAGUGUUGUUCUGGCUGGGCGUCGAUUUUAUGAGAAAGAAGGUCUACCUGCAUUUCCCAUGGGUAAAAUUGAUCAGACCCGCAUGUGGAAGGUUGGUGAGCGUGUCCGAUCUACAAGACCAGCAGGUGAUCAAGGCCCACUAUAUCCUUUUACAGCUGGUGUCUUUGUGGCAUUGAUGAUGGCCCAGAUUGAGGUCUUGAGACGAAAAGGACAUUCCUACUCUGAAAUCAUUAACGAGAGUCUUAUUGAGGCGGUUGAUUCUUUGAAUCCAUUCAUGCAUGCUCGAGGUGUUUCUUUCAUGGUCGACAAUUGUUCAACCACUGCUAGGUUGGGUUCAAGGAAAUGGGCUCCACGAUUUGAUUACAUCCUAACCCAACAAACCUUUGUAGCAGUGGACAAUGAUGCACCUAUUAACGGUGACCUAAUCAGCAACUUCAUAUCAGACCCAGUGCAUGGUGCCAUUGAAGUUUGUGCUGAAUUGAGACCUACAGUAGACAUUUCUGUGCCAGCUGAUGCAGACUUUGUUCGACCAGAGUUGCGCCAAUCCAACAAUUAGAACACGAAGCAAAUAUGGCGUUUACUCUGCCAAAUAUUUACUGAUUGCUCAGUAGAAUAGUUUUCUUCUUAGUUCUGUUUUCCCUGUUCUGUUUUUAUGACCGAGUGCUAGUAUGCAUGUUGUAUUACGAUUUUAUAGUUGUAGUUUGUAACACUAAGUAAUGCAAACUAGGAAUGUUGGUCGAUGUCCUAUUUAAUAUUAGUUUAAGUUAAUAAAGCAUGCCGCACAAGUUUAAGGCGGAUUAUUAA